AUGCAGAAGAAGCUGGAAGCAUUGCUGACAGGAGAGCGGUCUUUGCCAGCACCAGUUCAAGAGAAUCCUCCAAAUGACCCCUGGGCUGGAUAUAAGAGAGUUCCUCCGCCACAAUCUUUGCAAUCACCUUCUGGCUUUUUACGUGACACAACAGACUUUAAUCACCUUGUGCUUGGUGGUUGGAACCGCGACACCAAGCGACAGCUGAUUGAGUCGGAGCUUGACGCAUUUCUUCAGCAGCACAGUAUCCCGGACCUCAAUCGCUCUGNNCCCGAACAAGGUGCUAAGGAAAGGUUCUUUACUCUCCUGCCUCAGCUCAACAAGAAGUUCAAACUCUCGUCCGGUAGUCUGUUGUGGAUCAGUCCCAGCAAGCCCCUGGAGGUUCGAAUGCGUAACAAAGUCUUGGGUGUCGCCAUCCAACGUUUGUUGCGCAUUUUCCGGAUGGACAUUAAUGCUGGGGAGGUUGAGAUUGAUUGGUACCAGGGUGUUGUGUGGAUUGGGGAUAGGCGCAUGCUUGCGUUGAAUGACAAGGGGCUUUUCUCGAGGCCUGACGAGAGAUGCGUGGAAACCAGGAUUACAGUUGACGGAUUUGAACGCACGGUCCAUUUCAAUUUGGCCGCCAUGCACUCCAUGAUCAGCAUUCCCAUUCCGGAUCUUGAGGUGAUGCUACUGGAUAAGGAUGUCUGUGAUUGUGUUCAUUGGGCAUGCUCUGGAAAGCGGAUUGUAGAGCUGUGCUUCAGACACGUGACGCUGAAUUGUGAUAUUUUGCUGGUUGGCGUCCACUUCCCUCACAAAAAUGAUCCUGAUGAGGUCUUUCAAGAAGCCCUCUGGGAGCUAGAGCAUGUGUUGGGCAAGUCUCGCCGCUUUCAUCUUGUAUGUGUCGCCGGAGAUUGGAAUACCCAAGCUGGGGAUGCUAGACAUAAUGAGCUCCUUGCUCUAACGACCUAUUAUGGAUAUCUGCACAUGGUUCCUGAACGAGAUACAUGGUACAGAUUUGGUGCCAGCAGAUGCUAUGACUAUUUCUUUUUCAAAGACACAAACGUUUUUCACAUAAUUCCUGAAAGUGCCAAUGUUGACUGCAAUCUGGAUGCCAUGCAUGAGAUCAAGACUGAUCAUGCUCUUGUGACUUCCUCCUUCCAAGUUUUUGCUUCUGUUAGUAAGGAUCCUCUCAAUAAGCGUAAAAAGGGGUGUUUCAAAAGAUGUUUCCGAUGGCGCAUCGACGCGCAGAUUGACGAGGUUCUGCCACAUAUUUGGGAUCCUCAUAUACGAGUGGAUGCAACGUCACAGUGGCAGACUUUGAGGGCUCUUUCUAACGCAGUGUCUACAAGAAAGGUGGGGCUUCGAUAUGUGGAUCCUCCAUUCGUCAAAGAUCUUUGUAAGCAGCGUCGUGAGGUCACCGAUUCUGCCCAACGUGCUUGGAUAGUUCGGGCGAUUUUUGCAUGUCGCACUGCGGCCAAACGAGAGUGGUGGAAGCAGCUGGAGAACGCGGCAGGGAACGGUGACAGUGAAGCUAUCUGUUACCUACGCCGGAGACAGCGCAAACCAGCUUCCACCACAGCCUUUGCGCGGGAUAGUGGAGGUCGCAGCAAAGCUGCAGAACGCAUUCGUGCUCAUACCUUGGAGGUCUUCUGCAAACCUGUUACUGAUACUGGCAAAGAUGAAAUUGAGUGCAUGCAGCUACAGCUUUGGGACAGUUCGGCCAAUCAGCUUCGGGUGCCCUUCGGGGAGGAUGAAAUCAAACAGUUUGUGAUGGAUAGGGUGCGCCGCAAUAAGACCUCAGGCAUGAGUGGAAUCAGCGCAGAGCUUCUUCACGCAAUGGUGCACAGCUGUUGUGGUUUGGAAUUUCUCGCAGUUCAUUGCAACACCAUCCUGGAAACCAAACAGGUGCCCCAGGCAUAUCUUCAAGCGUUUGUAUGCCUAGUGCCCAAGGAAGUGGUGAUCACAGUUCCCAAGCAGUAUAGGCCGCUCUGCUUGCUUGAAGCCGUGCACAAGUUGCUCAGUGGAAUGUUGUACCAAAGAUUGAUCACGCAGUGGGAGAAGCCAACAUGCCAGCUGGGGGCACUGCCAGGGAGUCAGGCUGUGGAAUGCCUCUGGAUGGCACAAACUUUUCUGUACAAGGAAUACAAAACUGGCACCCCCUCGCUGUGGGUUCUUCUGGACAUUAAACAAGCCUUUGAUAAUCUCAAUCGUAAAGCCGUCCUUGAUCUGCUCCUCUGUAAGACGCCAGAGGCAUUCCAUCAUGAGGCCCUCUUGUUAUGGAAGUUGCUGCAAUGCGAUUUACACUUUUGUUGGGACUCAGAAGAAUGGUCUCUGUCUGCUACAACGGGUGUGCAACAAGGGGCUCCGCCGAGUGCUGGCAUUUUCUCCUUGAUCAUCGGCAAUGUGCUUCAGGAACUCUUUCACUCUUGGGCUGCGAGAGGGAUAACAUUUCAGCACAAGUUCUACUCUGGGGAUCCUGUUUUUGGUUGGGCCUAUGUCGAUGACGUUAUUAUUGAUAUGCAGGAUUGGGAGAGCUUGCGUGCUUGCUUUACGGAGUUGAUUGAGGGGCUCGCUCUUGUGGGCUUGCAGGUUAAUUUCGACAAAACGGUUAUUGUAGUUCCUGAGCACCUCUGGGCUGAUGCAAACAGAUUUGCGUCGCGUGAACCAGAACAUCCUCUGUGCAAGUGCAAGUGGCAGUCGUGGGAGAAGCUUAAUGACCAGUACUGCAUUGCUGUGCAGCUGCANNCACCCGUUCAACUGGAGCAGG